AUGUCUGUACCAAAGCAAAGGCUCCUAGAAGUAGCUAGCCUAUCGGCGAAGAUAUUUAACCAAAACUUCAAUCCCACAGCGACGAGAAAUGGUGGUAAAAUUCUUGCCAAAAGACUGAAAGGCCCAUCAAUUGCAGGCUACUACGGGAACCCAGAUUUCCUAAAGUUUAAGCAUCUCAAGACGUUGUAUCCAGGAUUCAAGUUUGCCGAUCAGGAAGAGGACUAUAGAUUGCUAAUGAACGAGGCCAGGAAACGUAGAGGCAAGGGUGCUCCUACGAAGAAAAAAGAGGCCAGCAAAGACAAAGGAAAGACCAAGAAGAGAAAGUAG